UGUUGGGGGACUUGGUGGUUGACGGGGAAGCAUUUGUGUGCGGGACACUGAGCGGCGUGGGGGAAGGUGUUAGUGAGGGACCUACAGAGGCUGAGUGAUGACGUCCACGGUGGCGGUUUUGCGGCUUCCCCGGGGACCGGACGGGCACAGCCGAGGUUUUGACCCCAAUUCUCCCCGGUUUCUCGCGCUCUCGCCCUCCUCCAUCCAGGCCUCUGACGUCGGCAACUCCGGCUGGCAAUUGGAACGGGAGCAGAGCACUCGCUCGGCGCUGAGGGAGGGCUUCCUGCGGAGCCUACUGGGGGCAGUGGGGAGGCCGCUCCACCUCACCAUGUACGAGCGAGUCAAAGUCAACGCCACAUUCGGAGCCUCGGACAUAGACAUCCUGAACUUCCAAGUCUCCAACCUGCAACGCCAUUAGGGGUUCAGAAAGAAGCGCUGCUGAGGUGCUCUGACAUCAUCUCGUAUACCUUUGAGCUUUAAUCUUUGACGCACCCC